AUAGUGAAUCGUAUUUUCUAAUCAAAAAUCCAAAAAUAUAUAUAUAUGACAAUAAUUAAUUAAAUUGGAAAUUUCUCGGUUAAAUUUACUUGUACGCCAUCACCAAAGAAGACACUCUUCUCAUGCACUAUAAAUCUCUAUGAUCUUCUCGUUCUCUUUCUUCUCACAGAAACCCAUUUCUCCUGCGAGAUACGAGAGAUGACGGACGAAGUAAGGGUAGUGACGGAGCACCCACCAGCGCCACUCUUCGACGUGGGGGAGCUCAAGCUCUGGUCCUUCUAUCGUGCUCUCAUCGCUGAGUUCGUUGCCACCCUCCUGUUCCUCUAUGUCCUCGUGGCUACCGUCAUCGGCCACAAGGCCGCGUCUCUAGACAACCAGUGCGGCGGCGUCGGCCUCCUUGGGAUCGCUUGGGCUGUCGGCGGCAUGAUCUUUCUUCUCGUCUACUGCACCGCCGGCAUCUCUGGUGGACACAUCAACCCGGCCGUCACAUUUGGUCUUCUCCUAGGUCGAAAGGUGUCGGUGUUGCGGGCGGUGUCGUACAUGGUGGCGCAGUGUGCGGGCGCCAUAUGCGGCGUCGGAAUCGCGAGGGCUAUAAUGAAACACCAGUUCGAUGCUUUCGGCGGCGGGACUAACGUGGUGGCCUUAUGCUACUCCAACGGUGCUGCGCUUGGCGCUGAGAUCAUCGGCACCUUCGUGCUCGUCUACACCGUCUUCACUGCCACCGACCCCACGCGCAACGCCCGUGACUCCCACGUUCCGGUGUUGGCGCCUCUAUCGAUUGGCUUUGCGGUGUUUUUGGUGCACUUGGCGACGAUUCCGAUCACAGGCACAGGUAUCAACCCGGCAAGGAGCCUCGGAGCUGCUGUCAUUUACAACAGACGGAAGGCAUGGAAUGAUCAGGUAAGUUCGUCUUGGACAAAUUUCAUAUAGUAUAAAUGAUAACUAAAAGCUCUUCCUCCAUAUCAUAAUCUCUCCAUCUAUCAAAUCGGACAUCUUUUGGCUCUACCUUAUUUCACCUAGUCAACUCUUUUUUGUGAGGGGUCAAACCAAGAGUUUGACUUUAUCUAUGAAAAAUCAAACUUCCUAAAUAUGAAAUGUUAUAAAAUUUUCAAAACUCCAGUGAGUCGGUCUAUCUAAUUUACCUCAAAUUAUUUUUGAACCGAUCUCCAAAAAAUAAAAUAAAUGAUCGAAAUAAUAAUAAUAUAGAAUCUUUUUACUUCAAAAUUAAUGAGACUUUUUUUACUUGGAAAUAUCCAAGAGUAGUAUUAUUAUUUUUGUCAACAUCAGCUAUAUCUUCCACAUCUUUAAAUACCGAAAACAUGCUAUAUCUUUUAGAUCUUCAAACACCAAGAACUUGUCUCGCUUUGCAAUGUCUUUUGUAUAAGGAGGUAAAAAUAUUUUAUGAUACCAACAAAAUUAAAAUCAUCUACUAUAAGAAAA